UACUCGUCCCUUAUUUAUCUUGUUAGCCAAAAUUCUCCUUAAUAAUCAAUCGCUGUGCUUUCAUGCCCCCACCAUUUAUCGAUUAAAUUUAUGGAAAUUUUGCAGAGACCCACAAUUGUUGACAUAUUAGGAGACUUUCUCAUGUUCAUAGCUCCGUUAUGGAUAGCUGUUAUCUUCGGUGUUAUCGUCGGUUGGGUUUGGAAACCCGAAUGGGCCAUCCACCUUAGGGAUCUCUUCAAGUGCUUUCGCUUCCCUUGGCCCCUUAAUUCGGACCUCCAAAACGACUCUGCGUUUUCGUACUCCACCAGGUUUCGUAAUUUUGCAUUUCUAUUUCAUUUCAUUUCAUUUCGUUGUAAUUUCAUUCUAAUUUGUAACCGUUUUUCGAUUGUGCAAUGCAUGCGCAGUUCGAGUUCGUCAGAGAUUGAAAAAGACGCGAGUCCUGGUUCGGUGACGGAGCAAGAUUUGCAACAUUUAUGCAAGUUGGUUGAGGAAAAAGAUGGUGGUCCUACUUGGAUUCAGAUGAUGGAUCGUUCUACCCCAACCAUGAGUUAUCAAGCUUGGCGUAGGGAUCCAGAGAGUGGACCGCCUCAGUAUCGGAGCAGAACUGUGUUCGAAGAUGCGAGUCCUGAGUUGGUUAGGGAUUUCUUUUGGGAUGAUGAUUUCCGUUUGAAGUGGGAUGACAUGCUUAUAUAUGCUUCAACCAUACAAGAGUGUGCUCUCACUGGAACAAUGCUAGUGCACUGGGUGCGCAAGUUUCCCUUCUUUUGCAGUGAUAGAGAAUAUAUCAUUGGUCGUCGAAUUUGGGACGCAGGACAAGCCUACUACUGUGUAACUAAGGGAGUGCCUUGCUCCUCUAUGCCAAGGCAUAGCAAACCUAAACGAGUUGAUCUAUAUUAUUCGAGCUGGCGUAUUCGAGCAGUUAAAUCAAGAAAAGAUGGCCAGCUAACUGCAUGUGAAGUGUUAUUGUUUCAUCAUGAAGAUAUGGGCAUACCCUGGGAAAUUGCUAAGCUUGGAGUUCGUCAGGGUAUGUGGGGAGCUGUCAAGAAGUUUGAUCCUGGACUACGGACAUAUCAGAAAGAGAGAGCUUCUGGUGCCCCAUUGUCACGCUGUGCUUGUGCUGCUAAAAUCAACACUAAAGUAACUGCAGACUAUCUGAGGUCUCUGGAAAACACAACCAGUAACUUGUUGGAGACUGAAAAUCAGGAAUCUUCUGGCAAACCAAUUGGGAGAAACAUACCUAAGCUUCUAGUUGUUGGUGGAGCCAUUGCCCUUGCCUGCACUCUUGACCAAGGACUACUGACUAAGGCAGUUAUAUUUGGAGUCGCCCGGAGGUUUGCAAAAAUUGGAAGGAGGUUAUGAUACAUUAUGCUUUUUGCUUCUUUGAGAAAUUGCCAGCCAAGUCUUUCAGGCAGUAGAAUUAGAAACAGAGAUCUCAGAUCUUGCUUUCAAGCAUCAGUUUGCAGGCAUGAUUCAAGAGGAAUGGUACUAUUCUUUCUCCAUUUGUUUGAGCUAUGAGGAAGCUUUUAAUUGGAAUAGGGACAUUGUAUAUUUAAGUCAUUGAAAAUUCUCGUGCUGCAGAGCACGAAUAACACCAAUCUUCCUGUUCUUUUUCUUUGGUUCAUGUUAUCUUAUUGUUAGCUUCUCCGGUC